CUGUGUUAGGGAGAGGAAAAGAGCGAGAGAGAGACAGAGAGAGAGUUCUGAGAGGGGGGUACGGAUCCCAAAUCAUCUCUCUCCCAAUCCACCUUCUCAGAAACGUUCAGGAAUCGAGGACAACCCGGAGGAGAACAUGAGGAGAACAAACCUUUAACUGAAACACAUUCAGCAAUUACAACCUCUUUGAUUCCCUCCGCUUGAAACUUGAAGACGUGCACCAAGCCCAGGAGGAAGACUCAGGGAACGCAGACCACGGCAACGAGUGACGUCCGUCCCUUCAAAGACGGAAGCCAGGAUUUCACUCCUUCUCCCUCUGCAACUACUCCUUCUUCCUCUCCAUCACCAUGACCCUGCUGGCCUCUGAGAGGUCCCUCCUUAUCCGCAACAAGUUCCGUUCAGUCCUGCAGCUAAGAAUACAGAACCGCAGACAACAGAAUGAAAUCAGCGCAGACACUGGUGUGAAAGCAAGCUGUCACUCCCAGGCCAGAGAGAAGGACAGGACUGAUGCACCGUGUGUGCCAGAUGACAGCAUUACCCAAAAGUCGCCCCCUAGUGGCUUGACUGCAGAAACUGCACACAGUACUGGCCAAGACUGGUGUGGAGGGGGAGUUCUCCGGCAGAAGAAAGCCCGUCUGGCGGAGGACCUCAGUGAGAAGAUCCAGCGCCGGCCAGGGCCUCUUGAGCUGCUGCACAAGCACAUUCUGCCCCUGGAGAACAGUUCCAUCUCUCUCCCUCAGUCCUCUGAUGGCUUUGAAGAUGACAUCUCUUGCUCCUCCUCUUCCUCGUCUCCUGAGCAACGUGGGAUUCACCAAUCACCAGGCUUCUCCAUGUCACCAGGGCUGACAGCGGACCAGUCGUUAAGCGAUUUGUCACCUGGCUCCACCCCCCUCAAUCACAGCCCCAACAACUUUCAGUGUAGCUUGGCAUUGCUCCCGGCAACCGAGGGCAUCAACCAGCCAAUGACCAUGACCGUGGCUGAAUCGGACUCCAUGGCAACGUCCGGGAGAACGAAGAGCAUCUUUCUAACCACUCAGCCCACACCCCUGCUGCCAAAGGUGGUCCAGCAGUCUUCCAGCCCGCCCCCUCAGUCCACUCUCACGCCCACCGCCCCCUCCUCUCGAGUGGCCCGCUCCCGGAAGCCCCGCGACUCCAAACCCAAGAUGAAGAAGCUGAAGUACCACCAGUACAUCCCCCCGGAUCAGAGAGGGAGCACGGGGGCCGGGGCCGGCACCGGGCCCGUUCACAGGAGCAGUGCUCCGUCCAUCGACCCCGCCUACUCCCGCCUCCUGCAGCAGCAGCAAGUGUUUCUCCAGCUGCAGAUUCUCAACCAGCAGCAGCAGCAGCAGCAGCAACAACAGCAACAACAGCAGCAACAACAACAGCAACUCACUAUCGCACCAAGCAGUGAUCACCAGAUAGUGAGGUUUACUGGAGCUACGCCACCAGCCUGCCCUCCUAGUGUCCCCACGCCAACAAACCCCACCCCUCCGGUGGACACAAGCCCCACGCACAAGCCUGAGCUUCUUCCCCCCAACCUGGAUGAUCUCACGGUCUCCGAGCUCCGGCAGCAGCUCCGCAAGAGAGGCCUCCCAGUGUCUGGCACCAAGCCCUCCCUCCUGGAACGCCUCCGGCCCUAUCAGCUCCCCCGGCCCUGCAUCGCCCCAGCCCCCCUCUGCCAACCGUCCGGCCCCGCGCUACCCCUGAACCCCACGUCCGAGGCGCCGGGGAACCCGCCCAGCCUGUACGUCCAGCCCGGCAGCGUGCCGGCUGGCAGCUCCGGGGCCGAGAGGCACUUGGGCGGAAUCGGGCUCCUCGCCGCCGGCCCCGGCUCAGCCGCCGCCCUGCCCCUCCCUCCCUCGUCUCCCGGGGCCCCCAGCGCCCCCUGGAGGGCCGGCCAGGCAGCGGAGGAGAGGAGCGUGGAGAUGGAGAUGAGGGAGAGACUGAGGAGUCGACCCAGGGACAGGGCACGGGAAGUGGGCAAAAACAGGGCAGGAAACAACCCCUGUGAGAAUACCCUCCAUCCAUUCCUGCAACAGGAAACAGGACGUCUGAAGAUCAGCUCAGAGGUUGAUGGAAAAGAGGUGCUAUUCACACAAGUGUUUUGCUGCCAGCCAUGUGAUGUGAUUGGUCAAGACUUCGAGUUGCCAAUGCAGAUCACCGCCAGUCCUGUUCAGGCCCCUCCCAGUGCAAGGAGUCUUGAAGAGGAGCUACAGGAGGCCAUCCAGAGAGUCCAGAUGGCCCCCAGUCAGUCCAUUGAUGAUAUUCUGGACGAGUCUAUAAGCUGUGCGGAUGCCUCCUCUGUCUCAGACCUUCAAGCUGCAGUGGCUGCUCUUUCUGGCUCCUCCACGCCUCCUGUCAUCGACCAAUCACAGCCACCCGUUCACAUCAAAGAGGAAAACUUCCUGUCCUCCCCGCUCUGCUCCUCCCUCCUUCUGGAGCUUCCUCCGUCCCCCUCAAGCAUCUCCCAAGUAGCUCAGCCCCCUCCUCCACCUCCUCCUCCUCCUCCUAUCUGCACUACCCCUCCUCCCAUGACUGCUUCCAGGAAGAGACGUGAGGCGGCGACCUUUGACCCGGCCGACUGGCUGGAGUCCCUGACCUCCGGCCUCCGACCUCUGACUCCCCCCGCUGCCCCGUUUGUGGAAACCGACUUUGGCCUGGAUUCAGACCUCAACGUGAACCGGGUUUUGGAUUUGAUGGUGGAGCAGUGGUGAUGGUAGGACCCAGUAAGUGUGUGUGUGUGUGUGCGGGUGGGCGAAGGGCACAAUGCCACUCCCCAAAAACUGGCCAAGGCCGUGAUGGAAUCUCACCAUUCAUGACUUCAUCAAAGACAAAUAUUCCUGACGGGGAAAGGAUGGAGGAGUGAAAUGAGAUUCUGGGAUGGCGACAAUAACACUGGGAGGGGAGCUUUGCAAGUGGUACGAACCUGUUACUGUGUGGAAUCAUGGAAGGGGUAACUUGCAGGGAGGAGAUGGUGCUCAAGACAGUUUCGGUCCACUCAGAGAUGCCAAGUUGAACUGGAUGUUUAAAACAUUCGUUCAUUCAUCUGACACUCAUUCAUUCAUUGCCCUCUCUGUCUACAAGAACACAAGCCAAUUGGCCAUGGUGCUCCAUAUCUGCAAACUGUGAAUUUCUGCAGUCGAACCAAGAUAACGUCCUCAAUUUGCUGAAAAACCUGACACAAGCCCCAGAUUUUGGUCAAAUAAUCACUGACUUAUGGCCUCCCCCCCCCCACCCUCUCAUCCCAGCACAAACUGAUUACUCAUAGUAACUGGUCAGUUAGAGCCAUGGUAGCGGUUGGAGUUUUGUAUGCGAUCCUCCAUAGUGUUGGGUUUGCCUACUGCACAUCCAUCCACCCUCUCUUCCUUAAUUUCAUCCACCUGCCUCUGUCCACUGCUGUGACCAAUCAGGUAACGUGCGACUGCGGCUCUGUGUUCCACGCAACGUCGAGACGCAGACGCCGCUUUCCCACCCGCAGUCCGAUUGGACAGGGCCGAACGGAGGCCUCCCUGGCGACGGAAGCUCAGAGCAGUUUUGGUGACAGCAAUGGCUGAGGACAACACUCACAGACGUGCGCGCACACAUACACACACUGUACCCAUGCUGUGUACGGGCGUAAGCCUUCGCCCUAUCCCCCCCAGUCAGACGUUCGCAAGUGAUAGGAGCUGUAGGCGAGUCCUGCGGGCUGCACAGGAAGUGUGUGAAUACGGUGUCGUUUAGACAGCUUACAUUCAUGUACAUACACAAAACCGUGUCUAUAUUCAAUUCAUAGCAUUAAUCACUGUGCCCUACAUGCAAAUGUCAUGUUCUAGGAACUGUCUAGUGCCUUUGUGUACCCACUGUGAGUUUUGCAUUAGGAUUACAGAAGGUCGAGGUACUACAACUGGGCCUCUGUGUUUGCUACUGCUCAGAGUAUACACAGGGGGCCGUAUGGUACCGGGCUGCACUGGGUUUGAAUGCGGAUAUGUUCUUCUUCUAGAGCUGUGAUCUCUGGUCACAACUGGGGAUCCGUGACUCAGAGUAACACGCUGGAGCAGCUCCGAGUCACACUUUUCCCCUAAGACGGUCUUCCAUUAGCCAUCAUGGCCAAAAUGGGUAUGCUUGGAUAAUGCUGUUUUUACGUUUUUGAAAUGUGUGGCCUCAGUGCUCAGUCAGUGAUGUGCAAGCCUAUGUUAUUGAUACAGUGCGCCGCAAUUAUGACACAUAAUUGUGGGCCUGCUUCAUACUAAGACAUGACACCAGUGUGCCCUAGGACCACUGCACUGGCUCAAUAACUGUUCUUUGCAUACAGCAGUUCAUUACAGUAACUUCCUCAGCUUCUGCCAUUUACAUGACUUAAGCCCCAGGAUAUUAAAAUGGUAAGUGCAAUAUAUGUGAAGAGUUCAGCCCUCGUGAAAUCCCAGCUCCCCUCCCAGAUCUAGGCCAUGCAUCAAGAAAUGAAAAUGUGGUAUGAAAAAAAAAAACCCUUCAAAAUAUCAAUGCAAUCAUAAUCAAACAUUUUGGUCUGCAAAUGCUCUUAGUGUAAGAUGAAAUGCUGGAUAAUCACAGCAUGCUUGUAUACCUGAUUCUGGUGUCUGUGACAGACUAAUUCCAUCUACAUUUUGUGUCUUUCCCUGGUUUUCCUUGGAUAGUACAAUAGCCCAAUAACCAAGACACCUAAUUCUGACCAUACAUUUCCAGCCAGUGUUUGAGUUGUGCUUAAAGACUGCUGAUUAAUUUAUUGAUUAACUUAUUCAAGCGAUGUUGUCCAGGAAUUUUCAAAUUGUAUUCUGACUUUAUAAAUUAAAAAGUCUUAAUUGAUUUUGCAUCUUCAGAUAUUUGCCCUUGUCUUACUUUGUGAAUGUCCAUUUAUGUUUGAAGUUUUGUUUUUUGUUGAUCUGAAUGUAGUAACCACGGACCUUUAUUUUAUUUCUUUGAUUUAUUUUUAUAGACUUACAAACGUUGAACUCUGUAAAUUGCCUCCUUAACUCAAAACAGAAGUGUCCCGUCUUCAAAAUUAUAUGGUAUGACUCUUAUGAUCCAAUUCCAAAGUCGUACACUUGGGUUUUCUUAAAUUGCCAUUCAUUUCUGUAAUAUAAUUUAAACAAUAAACAAUUACCGCCUAUAAA